AAGCAGUCACGAUAAAGUGCCAGAAAAACCAGGAUCCAGUCCAGGAUGCAAAUCAUAUUCAUCUCAAGCCCUCAAGGAGCCCAAAAACUGCAGGUUUAGAAUCCAAGUAACAUUCCUGCCAAUCAGCAACAUGCUGGGGAUAAACUGCUCCCGCACUGCUCUUUUCACAACAAAUGCCACAGUUUUCAAUGCCAUGGGCUGCCCCGAGGCUGCUGUGGUGUGUGGAAUGAAUAUCACCUGGGUGUUGGCUAACAGUACUGCACAAGAUGCAGAUGACAUGUGCUUGAGCGAGAAGGAGUACCUGGCCAUGUUCCUGGGGCCUCCGAGGUCCCCUGAGUUCCUUCCUGUCUGUGUCACCUACCUCACCAUCUUUAUGUUGGGCGCACUGGGCAAUUCUCUGACCUGCCUUGUCAUUUUGCGCCACAGAGUGAUGCAGACGCGCACCAACUACUACCUGCUGAGCCUGGCGGUGUCUGACCUGCUGGUGCUGCUGCUGGGCAUGCCAUUAGAGCUCUACGAGAUGUGGCAGAACUACCCCUACCUGCUGGGGGAGGGGGGUUGCUACUUCAGAAUAUUCCUGUUUGAAACUGUCUGCUUCGCUUCCAUCCUCAAUGUCACGGCGCUCAGUGUGGAGCGCUACGUUGCAGUUGUGCACCCCCUCAAAGUCAAACACAUGACCACACGUGCUCACGUCAAGAGGGUCAUCUUAAUGCUGUGGGUGGUGUCCAUGCUGUGUGCUGUGCCAAACACUAGUCUGCAUGGGAUUUGGGUGCUGCCUCCAAAGUUUGGACGACAGUUUCCACGAUCUGCUAUGUGCCAUGUGAUUAAGCCUAUCUGGAUGUACAAGCUGGUCAUCCUGAUUUCCACACUGGCCUUCUUCCUGCUCCCCAUGCUGAUAAUUAGCAUUCUCUACCUACUCAUUGGCUUGAGGCUGCACCGGGAGAGGAUGAUAAUUGUGGUGGAGACCGGGUGUAGCUUUGGACCGGAAAGUUUGUCUAGGUCCCACGAGCAGAAGCGGAGCAAACGCAACCUGCAAGUCACCAAAAUGCUGUGUGUGCUGGUGGUUGUGUUUGGCCUUUGCUGGGCUCCCUUCCACGUGGACCGCUUGAUGUGGAGCUACAUGUCCGAGGAGCAUCACCAUAUCUUCAAGCACGUCCACAUCGUCUCUGGAGUCUUAUUCUACCUAAGCUCUGCCGUCAACCCUAUCCUCUACAACCUCAUGUCCUCCAGGUUCAGAGAAAUGUUCAGCCACGUUACUUGUUAUUCUAAUAGCUGGUCAGCGCGCUCCAGCUUACAGUUGACCCAACGCAGCACCUUGAGCGAGAAAAUGCCCAACAGUAUUUAGUCGGGGCCAAAGGAAAAUGGUGUGGAUUGUAUCCUAUGGCCUUCACAGUCGCCAGAUCUCAUUCCAACACCAUCAUCGACACACCCAAUGAGGGAAUUUGAAGUUGUUCUAGAAGCUUGUGCUGUUCCAACACCCUAUGAUAGUUUUUCCUUUCAUUUGUCACCCAUCCGUACAUAUCAGUAUCCCAUAGACCUUCGUAUAAGAAAGGUCCCCAACUGGAAUGAUAUCCUCUUUGUGGUAGGGAAUGUCACACAAAGACAAGAUGACCUGGUGUCACACUGAAUGGUUAGAACCAUGUGACCAAAGGCUACGUGAAAAAGCCUUAAGAGACGCACUUAAGAAAAAAAUAAGCAUUCUUUUUGCUGCACUCUCUUUUACUGUAUCUGAAAGUCCUUCAGACUGCAGAAAUAUCUACAGUAGCUGAAAUCCCAUUUAGAGAGAAGACCAAUGAGACUGAAUUUAGCGAAAACAAUUAUGGGAUGGAGCAACAUCCACCUCUCCAAUGUCAAUGUUCAGAUGAACAAUGAUUUUAUCAUAUUUUAUCAUAUUUAACAUGCUUUCACAGCAAAGAAUGAAUGCACAAUGGCUCCUCAUGGUCUAGGAAUGAAAUGAAAGAAGAUUAAGUGAAGAAGGGGAAUAAACAUAAGGCAACGGUUUGUCUGUGGCAAAGCUGAUUACUCAUGUGCCUUGCAAGUAUUUCCUCACAUAUUUCUUUGAUAACUGUGUUGUGUACUUAUUUAUACAAUGUACAAUGUUAGUAAUUCUACAUGUUGUUUAAAGCUUAAUGGGUACUGCCAGGUUUAAAUGAUCAGCUGCAUCCAUUGCUUUCCUGAUAGUUUUUUAUGUUUCAUGUGUUGAAAUGUUGCUUUAAUGUUUUUUAAAGCAAUAUUUUAUUAAUGUACAGGACCUAAUUCAGUAUUGUCUAGUAUAUAAUAAAAGCAUGUGUUUUUCUUAGUGUGUACCCUUGUAAUAGUACAUAUGAUUAAAUGACCUGCUUUUGAACAUCA